ACCUUCGGAGUGCAGGUCGGAUUAACUGCCGACGCCAUUGCGUCUGGCUACUCCUCAUCUUUAACAGAUAAUUAGUAAAACGCUAUUCAUUAGUCAGAAGGACCGAGGCAAGAUGUUCCCCGGGGGACAGAAGCCAGCUUACUCACCACCACCACACCCCCGCCUCCCCCUCACAGCUUCCAAUCUAGGCGUGGUUGGAAGAACAAUGCGGAUGAGUCUCUGACAACAUGAUGUACAUCCGGCAAAGAAAAGAGACAAAACCCAUAGAAGUUUCUGAGGAUUUUCCAUUACCAAAAGGAGAUGUGUCAUUGGAAAAGAAAUUGCCAUCUGGCCGUGCCUCUGGAAGGUUCUGGAAGAUCCUGUCGCCUGCGGUCGGUGGGACUGUGGCCCUUUGCAUCGGGCUUCUCACAUCUGUUUACCUGGCCACCCUGCAUGAGAACGAUCUGUGGUUUUCCAAUAUUAAGGAAGUGGAGCGAGAAAUCUCAUUCCGGACGGAGUGCGGACUGUACUAUUCUUACUACAAGCAGAUGCUGCAGGCGCCGACCCUCCUGCAAGGUUUUCAUGGCUUAAUCUAUGACAAUAAAACUGAAUCCAUGAGGACGAUUAACCUCCUUCAGCGAAUGAAUAUUUACCAAGAAGUUUUUCUCAGUGUUUUAUAUAGAGUCCUCCCUAUACAGAAAUAUCUAGAACCUGUUUAUUUUUAUAUCUACACUCUUUUCGGGCUCCAAGCAGUCUACGUGACAGCCCUUUAUGUAACCAGCUGGCUUCUUAGUGGCACCUGGCUGUCAGGGCUGUUGGCGGCACUCUGGUACAUCACUAACAGAAUUGACACCACACGAGUGGAGUUCACCAUCCCGCUGAGGGAGAACUGGGCUCUGCCUUUCUUUGCAAUUCAGAUAGCCGCAAUUACCUACUUCCUGAGACCAAACUUACAGACGCUCUCUGAAAGGCUGACACUUCUUGCCGUUUUUGUGUCAACGUUUCUCUUUAGCCUGACAUGGCAAUUCAAUCAGUUCAUGAUGCUGCUGCAAGCGCUGGUGCUGUUCAUCCUGGACUCGCUGGACAUGCUGCCAGCCAUGAAGGCUACCUGGCUAUACGGCAUACAGAUAAGCUGCUUGCUCCUCGUCUGUACGCUUCAGUUUUUUAACUCCAUGAUUCUGGGAUCAUUGCUCAUCAGUUUUAACCUUUCAGUAUUAAUUGUAAGAAAACUUCAGAAAAACCUAAAAACCGGGACCUUCCUGACUAGGAUUGGGAAACUACUGUUGCAUUUACUUCUAGUGUUCUGCUUGACACUUUUUCUCAACAACAUUAUUAAGAAAAUCCUUAACCUGAAGUCAGACGAACACAUCUUUAAAUUUCUGAAGGCCAAAUUUGGCUUUGGAGCAACAAGGGAUUUCGAUGCAAAUCUCUAUCUGUGUGAAGAAGCCUUCGGCCUCCUGCCCCUCAACACAUUCCAAAGGCUCUCCGAGACGCUGCUGUUUUACGCGUACAUGUUUGUCCUGUUGGUGACGGUGAUCACAGCGUCAGCUGUUGCCUUUCAUAAUCUCAGCGACUCUGCAGGUCCGCAGUCCAUGGGUCAGACAAGAAAGCGUGCGGUUGACCUGAAGCCGGAAGCCGCCUACAACUUAACCCACACCGUUCUCUUCGGCGUCUUGGCAUUGAGUACGAUGAGGAUGAAGUACCUGUGGACCUCGCACAUGUGCGUGUUUGCAUCCUUCGGCCUCUGCAGCUCUGAGAUCUGGGAAUUGCUUCUGAGGCUGGUUCACCUUUGUAACCCAAAGAGGGUCUGGGUCCUGCGGUAUUCGGUGCCCAUCCUCACCUUGCUGUACCUGUGCUGGAAGUCCUGGCCAGGAAUGAUGGAUGAACUCUCCGAGUUGAAAGAAUUCUAUGACCCGGAUACAGUGGAGCUGAUGAACUGGAUCAACUCUAACACACCGAGAAAGGCCGUGUUUGCUGGAAGCAUGCAGUUGCUAGCUGGAGUCAAGCUGUGCACGGGACGGACCCUGACCAACCACCCGCACUAUGAAGACAAAAGCCUGAGAGAGCGAACCCAAGCGGUUUAUCAGAUAUAUGCGAAGAGGUCCCCGGAGGACGUGCACGCGCUGCUGCGGUCCUUCGGCGCUGACUUUGUGAUCCUGGAGGACAGCAUCUGCUAUGAGCGCAGGCACCACAGGGGCUGCCGGCUGCGCGACCUGCUGGACGUCGCCAAUGGACACGAGAUGGAUGGGCCAGGAGAGAGUGAACCUGACUUGAGACCCGCGGACCACCCUCGCUUCUGUGAGGAGAUUAAAAGGAACCUGCCCUCCUACACGGCUCACUUCACUAGAGUGUUCCAGAACAGGACAUUCCACGUCUACAAACUGUCCAGGAACAAGUAA